AUGAACAAUAUGGAAAACUUAUACGUUAAUAGUAAUAUAAACAACAAAAGUCUAGCAGAUUUGCGUGCUUUCGUGCUGCUGAAAUUCGAUAAGUUCAUUGGCGAUACGCGAAAUGUCUCACAAUCUGCAAAUCAGGAAUGGAAAACACAAAUGAAUAAGGAUCGAGAAACGGAAGAGAAACUGACUGCGAAAAUUAAAGAAUGCGAGGAAAAAACGCGUAUAUUAGGACAAACGUUAGCAAAAGAAGCUGCGCAAAUAGAAGAGGCUCAAAGAAUCAAUAUUGAACUACAGCACCAGGUACAGACAUUAAUUGACAGGAAAACCAAUUUUCAGAGUCAAGUACAAACGCUGGAAAAAGAAUUACAAAAGUUGCAGGCUUUCAAAUCGGCGCAAAAACAAGCACUUCAGAUGCAAUUCUCGAGAAACGAAUCGGAACUACAGUUGUACAAAGAUACCCUAAAGAUGAAGUUAAUGGGAUUACAAACAGACAAUAUAUUGGUUAGCUUCAAAUGCAUCAGUGACUGUGAUUCUGAACGGGAAUAUUCGUUCCUGGUUGAUGUAACUGAGAGUCAGUAUAAAAAUCGAACAAUUGGUCGAAUACCUGAACAAAACACGUCAGUUUUUUUCGUUCCUAAAAAAGAUUCGGAAAGCAUUUCGCGAACAUUACAAAAAUGA